UCAGGACCUGGACAGAGGCCAGCAGGGUCAGCGAGCCCCCCCUUCGUCAACAAACACAGCUUUUGCAGGAGUGAUGAGUAGAAGAAGCACAGGACAAAAUCUGCUUCACCGAGACGUCUUUCRAGCCACUGAAUUCAAAUCAGGACUCCACUUUCUCCAACUGGGUUUUUCYGUCUCUCCUCCUUUUUGUUCACAAAAUGUUUUGUUUGUAACUUUUCAUUAUUUUUCCUUAUUUAUUUCGGAUCAAUGGUCCUCACAAUGUUGAAGUCUCCAAUAAAAACCUCUUUAACCGGGAGCACAGUUUGGGACCACAGUGGCUCCACUGAGGAGCAGGAACCUCCUCCUCCACUCCGGAGCUACCUGUGGUUGAGCAUGCUGGCAUGUUUUUGUCCUGCCUACCCUGUCAACAUUGUGGCGCUGGUCUUCACUGUCAUGUCUAGAAAGAGUUACUAUCAAGGUGACUAUGAUGGUUCCAGGCGACUGGGCAGGAACGCCCUCUAUGUCUCUGUUGCUUCCAUCAUCAUUGGCGUCCUCAUCAUCGUCAUCACCUGCAUUGUUCAUUUUACCACAUUGGAAUAUUAACACCAAGGGAUUGAAGAAGAGGGGAGAACAAAUAUAAAACACUUGUGGUAUUUCUGUCUGGACUGCCUCAGGUGAUUGGUUCACUUCUUCCACCUUCCUCAAAGGACAUGUCCACCAUUUACUUUUUCAGUCUCUCMUAUCCUGCUUUUCAGUUGGACACCAAAUGACUCUGGACUUUUCUGUGCUUGAUGUCAUAGAUCGCAUGAGUAUUCUUAAUUUUUUUUUACUGUUUUUACUUUGUGUAAAUUAGAUUUAUAGAUAUGAACUCAGCUCCAACUCUGAACCUUUAAUAAAACAAAAUAUGAGAAUCGGAUUCCUGUUGUCUGCUCUGCUCCUACAGAAGACUUUGUGGGUCAGUUUGACCUCAAGGGGUCCUCCUGAGAACCAUUUCAAGGAGUAACCACAGUUCAGUCUGCCUCCAUCUAUAAAGAACUUACUUGGGACUCUGGAACUCGUGCCUUUGGACCUCCAUCCAGUCUUGACGUCCUGACACCCUGUURUUAAACUGCAAAACAGAUUUCAAACUGUAAGAAAGAACAAAUGUAUGUUAAAUAAAAAUACUUCUCCACCAACUACUUCGCUGGAUUGCUUUAAACCAGCUUCUGUUCUCACCGGCAGCUGACCACUUACUUGAUUUCUCCUUCCCUUCAAAAUAAAAGCAUUUAUUUUUCA